AUGACAAUGGAAGAUCGCACGGGUGGCAUCGACCGCGCCGCCCCCGCGACGUCCACGACGGCUACGACGGCGUCCAGUCCAUCGUCCAUCAGCGACGUCACCGCCGACGCUUCGUAUCCUCUUCAGCGCGCCAGCAAGCGCACCUUCGACGUUGCGUUCCUCGUCGCGCCUGACGAGAACUUGGCGCGACGUCAGAGCGAGAAGUUGAGGCUGGUGUCGAGUAGAAAAGACCGUCUCAGAGAGGAUAUAGCAACGGAGAACGCGAUAGAUUCCGACCGGCUGCCACAGAAUCUGACGAUCAAGAAUUACGACAACGAUUCCGGAGGUUCCGAUAGAAGAAGGUUGAUGCAGUGCACAGAGAACUCGUUGAGUCCUCCGUAUAUAUCUCCCAGGACUCUGACACCGACUCUGCCAGGUCUGUCACCCGAGAGCGACGCCAGGAGAUUCGUUUCCGGCAGCCGUCUUCAGAAAACACCGAGUCCACCUUCGUUUGCCACACAUCAGUCGAUCUUAACCACCUGUCCCGACACGAUAGAAUCUAAUUUAUCCUGUAACAAAGUCUACGACACCGGUAUAUCCUGUCCAUCUGACAGACACGGCGAAUCUCGCAGCGCAUUCACGAAGGUGAACUUGACCAGUCAGAGGAACGGUUUCAACGACGAUGGACAGACUUCUCCGAGAUCCUCCAUAUCACCAGACGAUCGUAACAGUUAUCAGAGCAGCGUCAGUCCUCCCGUGGUACCGUUAGCUGCUACCACUGGGUACAAGUACGCGCCAUUUCCCACCAAAAUGACCUAUCCCUUCCUAGUCAGUCCUGAGAGCAGUCAACCUGCUCUCCUGGAGAACCUGAAGAUUCCUCAGAUAGCACAGCCUCCCAAAGUACCCAGUCCAAAGAUGCCCAGUUUUCGACCAGAUCUCCCGCCAGUUUAUCCAAAUCUCCCUUACAAUCCUAUUUCCGUGUUUCCACCAAUGGCCGAGGCGUUGACCAGGCCGAGAUUCUUGGCGACGGCCGCUGGAGUGGCUGGUCUCUUGCCUCCUUCGUUCGCCGCGUUGACUCUGCCCGCGCAGAACGUUUGCGCCAAGUGCAAUCUCUCGUUCAGGAUGACCUCUGACCUGGUCUAUCACAUGAGGUCCCAUCACAAGAACGAGAACACCGGCGAGGCCGCCAGGAGGAGAAGAGAGGAGAAGCUGAGGUGUCCAGUCUGCGACGAGAGCUUCAGAGAAAGGCACCAUCUCACCAGGCACAUGACUGCUCACCAGGACAAGGAGAGCGACGCGAUCGUGGACCAGGUCGAGGUGAAGAGGAGGGCCACUACGGUUCACAGCAAGUGA